AUGCAGCCCCGCAGCCCCAGGCCCGGCCCGCGCGGGGGCCCGCGCCCCUCGGCCGUCCUCCUCCUGCUGCUGCUGCCGCUGCUGUCCGCGGGGGCGCCGGCCGACCCGCAGCUCCCGGCACUGCUGCAGCGGGCAGCGCGCGCGGCUCUGCACUUUCUCAACUUCCGCAGCGGCUCGCCCAGCGGCCUGCGGGUGCUCGACGCGGUUCAGGGGGGCGACGCGCGGGUCAGCGAUGAGGACACCUUGGUGGACGUGACCUUCGCUGCGGAGCGCUUCCGUCUGGAGGGGCCGCCGAAGACCGGGAGGUGCCGGGCCCUGGUGCGGUUCGCGCCCCGCAGGCCACGGGUGGCCGUGAACGUGACGUGCGCGCGGCUCCUGGCGCAGGAACGGCGGGAGCACGAGGACCUGAGGCUGUUCACGUUCCUGCGGGAUCUGCCCACGCCGCCGCUGGCCAAUACCACCAUCCCCGACAGCCACGGGUAUGUGGACCCCUCGCUGCAGCCGCUGUGGGAGCUAGCGCUCUUGGGCAGCUCCUUUGUCAUGUGGAAGAAGACCACGCAGGCGGCGCGCUACAACCUGGCCCAGCUCAUCGGGGUGCAGCAAUGGAAAACAAGCAGGGACUCGAUCCACUUUGACUACACUGUUCUGCUCCACGAGUUCACGACCCAGGAGAUGUUUCCCUGCCAUGUCCGCCUGGCCUGGUCCCCCGGCAGGCCCCCGAAGGUGAAGUACCACUGCUGGGAGCUGCAGAUGCCCCAGGAGGUAUCCGGGGCUGGAGAGCACGGUGACUUCUGAAGAAGAGGAGGGCCAGGUGCUGGUGGCUGGUUCCCCCCGCCCCACCACGUGCCCCAGAACCAGGCCCCUGAUCCCCGGGGAAAGCCGACACCAGAACCAGGGAGAGGCUGAGAUACUCUCUCCAUGGCCCUGGGUCACUUCACCCCGGGGGCACAUGUGCUGAC